CCCCGGGUCAAAGCAACCAAACAACCUACUCCAGUCUCCCCAUCUCAUCCAGCUCGAUCUAAUAUGUCCGACAAAGCUUCUGUCUUCUCAACUACCUCCUCUUCUACUACCGCUACACUGGUCAAUAAGGGCCAGAAAUCGGACUCUUUCUCGACGCCGGCUCAGAAAAAGAAUAGAACGCCGUCCCCGAAGAUCGGUGACUCGGCAUCCACCUUCGCAAGGGAGUCGCAGAAGCAAGGGUGGAGCUCUUUCACCGCUACCAGACCAUCCCUCGGAUAAUCGUUCACACGUAUUUCAAACCCCU